UCUACCUAAUGAAGUGAUCGCCAUGGAUCCUGCGAACCAGAAGGGUGGCGGCCGGAAGAAGACCGUGUCCUUCAGCAGCAUGCCGUCGGAGAAGAAGGUCAGCAGCGCCAGCGACUGUAUCAGCUUCAUGCAGGCCGGCUGCGAGCUCAAGAAGGUGCGGCCCAACUCGCGCAUCUACAACCGCUUCUUCACCCUGGACACCGACCUCCUCGCUCUCCGCUGGGAGCCGUCCAAGAAGGACCUGGAGAAAGCCAAGCUCGACAUUUCGGCCGUCAAAGAGAUCAGGCUGGGCAAGAACACGGAAACAUUCAGGAACAAUGGCCUCGCCGACCAGAUCUGCGAGGACUGUGCCUUUUCCAUUCUCCAUGGGGAAAACUAUGAGUCUCUGGACCUGGUGGCUCACUCGGCAGACGUGGCAAACAUCUGGGUGUCGGGGUUACGGUACCUGGUUUCUCGAAGCAAGCAGCCCCUCGAUUUCAUGGAGGGCAACCAGAACACGCCCAGGUUCAUGUGGCUGAAAACGGUGUUUGUGGCAGCAGACGUGGAUGGGAAUGGGAUCAUGUUGGAAGACACCGCGGUGGAGUUGAUAAAACAACUCAACCCCACCCUGAAGGAAUCCAAGAUCAGGUUAAAGUUCAAGGAAAUCCAGAAGAGCAAGGAGAAGCUCACCACCCGCGUGACGGAGGAGGAGUUUUGCGAGGCUUUCUGUGAACUCUGCACCAGGCCGGAAGUGUAUUUCUUGCUUGUACAGAUCUCGAAAAACAAGGAGUACCUGGACGCCAAUGACCUGAUGCUCUUUUUAGAAGCCGAGCAAGGGGUCACCCAGAUCACUGAGGAUAUGUGCUUGGACAUCAUUCGGAGAUACGAGCUUUCUGAAGAGGGACGGCAGAAAGGAUUCCUUGCCAUCGAUGGCUUUACCCAGUAUUUGUUGUCACCGGAAUGUGACCUUUUUGAUCCGGAGCAAAAAAAGGUUGCCCAGGAUAUGACCCAGCCGUUUUCUCACUACUACAUCAGCGCCUCGCACAACACCUAUCUCAUCGAGGACCAGUUCAGGGGGCCGGCUGACAUUAAUGGGUACGUUCGAGCUUUGAAGAUGGGCUGUCGAAGCAUUGAGCUCGAUGUGAGUGAUGGUUCAGACGGUGAACCAGUCCUCUGUAACCGAAAUAACAUGAGCACACACCUGUCCUUCCGAAGUGUCGUAGAGGUGAUCAACAAAUUUGCCUUUGUGGCUUCAGAGUACCCACUCAUUCUGUGCUUGGGGAACCACUGCUCGCUCCCCCAGCAGAAGGUGAUGGCCCAGCAGAUGAAAAAGGUCUUUGGCACUAAACUCUAUACCGAAGCACCUUCACCGUCAGAAGCCUACCUCCCAUCACCCGAAAAAUUAAAAAGGAUGAUCAUCGUGAAAGGAAAGAAACUGCCUUCUGACUCCGAUGCUUCAGAAGGAGAGGUAACAGAUGAAGAUGAAGAAGCCGAAAUAUCUCGAAGGAUGUCCGUAGAUUACAAUGGUGAGCAGAAACACAUCUGGCUGUGCAGGGAGCUCUCUGACUUGGUAUCGAUUUGUCAAUCUGUUCAGUACAGGGAUUUCGAGCUGUCUAUGAGAAGCCAAAACUACUGGGAGAUUUGCUCGUUUAGCGAAUCAGAGGCCAGCCGAAUUGCAAAUGAAUACCCAGAGGAUUUUGUAAAUUACAAUAAGAAGUUCUUAUCCAGAAUCUAUCCAAGUGCCAUGAGGAUUGACUCCAGUAACUUGAACCCGCAGGACUUCUGGAAUUGUGGCUGCCAGAUUGUGGCGAUGAAUUUUCAGACGCCGGGUCCAAUGAUGGACCUCCACACGGGCUGGUUCCUUCAGAACGGAGGCUGCGGCUACGUGCUGAGGCCGUCCAUCAUGCGGGAUGAAGUGUCUUACUUCAGCGCGAACACGAAGGGCGUUGUCCCGGGGGUGUCUCCUCUCGCUCUUCACAUCAAGAUCAUCAGCGGCCAGAAUUUCCCCAAGCCCAAGGGAGCGUGUGCCAAAGGGGAUGUCCUAGAUCCCUAUGUGUGUAUAGAGAUACACGGCAUUCCAGCGGACUGCUCGGAGCAAAGAACGAAAACUGUGCAGCAAAACAGUGACAAUCCCAUUUUUGAUGAAACGUUUGAGUUUCAGGUGAACCUCCCCGAGCUGGCCAUGAUCCGUUUCGUGGUUCUGGAUGACGACUACAUUGGGGAUGAGUUCAUCGGGCAGUACACCAUUCCCUUCGAGUGUCUGCAGCCCGGCUACCGGCACGUCCCCCUGCGCUCCUUCGUGGGGGACAUCAUGGAGCACGUGACCCUCUUUGUCCACAUAGCAAUAACGAACCGCAGCGGCGGGGGCAAGGCGCAGAAGCGCAGCCUCUCCGUGAGGAUGGGGAAGAAAGUUCGAGAGUACACCAUGCUCAGGAACGUCGGUCUCAAACCCAUAGAUGACAUCUUUAAAAUAGCAGUGCAUCCCUUACGAGAAUCCAUAGAUAUGAGAGAAAACAUGCAGAACGCCAUCGUGUCUGUGAAGGAGCUGUGUGGCCUUCCUCCCAUUGCCAGUCUGAAGCAGUGCCUGUUGACUCUGUCCUCGCGGCUCAUUGCCAGUGACAACACUCCCUCCGUCUCCCUUGUGAUGAAGGACAGCUUUCCUUAUCUGGAGCCGCUGGGGGCGAUUCCAGACGUGCAGAAAAAGAUGCUGGCUGCUUAUGAUCUGAUGAUUCAGGAGAGCCGGUUUCUCAUAGAAAUGGCUGACACAGUCCAGGAAAAGAUUGUGCAGUGCCAGAAAGCAGGGAUGGAGUUCCAUGAGGAACUUCAUAAUUUGGGGGCCAAAGAAGGCUUGAAAGGAAGAAAACUCAACAAGGCCACUGAGAGCUUCGCGUGGAACAUUACGGUACUGAAGGGCCAAGGAGACCUGCUGAAGAGCGCGAAGAACGAAGCUCUGGAAAACAUGAAGCAGAUCCAGCUGGCGUGCUUGUCCUGCGGACUCAGCAAAGCCCCCAGCAGCGCGGCCGAGGCCAAGAGCAAGCGCAGCCUGGAAGCCAUCGAGGAGAAGGAAGGGGGCGAGGAGAAUGGGAAGCUGCGACCCUGAGCAGCGCCGACGAGGGCACCAUCCUUUGUGUCAAAGACUCUGUUUUUCCUUCUGGUUUUCUUUCCUGAAGCUUUUUAGACUUUCACAAAAAGAUGCCGUCUUUGGGAUGUUGGACGUAAACAGGUAUUUUCACAAUGUCAGUAUUUUAAUGUAGUUAAUUUAUCUAAGUUAAACUGCUUAGUAGUAGUGUUUUAAAUUCUGAGAUGUGUGAACACACCCAUGUAUGGAUGUGGGUAGGUGUGUGUGUGUGUGUGUGUGUGUGUGUGUGUGUGUGUGUGUCUUUCAGGGAGAGAGACAGAAAUACAGAGGGAGGUUGAGAUCCUGUUAAAAUCCAUGCUGUAUUGCAUUAUUCAUUUAGUAAGUUAUUAAUGUAUCAUUUUAGGAAAAAUUUGUUAACCUAAAAUUCUAAAGAGCACUCACUAGGACCUGUUGCUGCAUUUAACUUUACUUCUCGGCCUUUGUCAUUUAAUUCAGAAAUGUUGACAUUUCUUAUUAUUAAAGGAAGCUAAAUUUGCCAAUUCAUAGAUAUUUUGAUAGAUUACACAUAGAUUAGCAAAAUUCCUAACAAUCACAGUAGAAAUAAAAAUGAACGAAAGAUAAACAAAUGAUCAAAAUUUCUGAAAAGAUCAGAAAAGUCAUUUCUUCAGUUAGUGAACUCUAAAAUAUUUAUUAAAUAAAAUCAAUUUUUAGAAAGCUUUAUGUAGUUGUGUACUUAACAGAUAUAACUUCUGUGGAAAAGCUGAUCAUUAGUGAAUUUAUACCCAGCUAUGUGGUACUCAGAAGCACAGUAAGAGUUCUUUUGUAAUUAGAAUUUUAAUAAUAUUUAGUUACAAAAUUUGAAGUUUGAGAUUUGUAGGAAGGAAGGUCUCAUUCUUCCAAACUGGGAGCCUAGCAUUCAUUUUCUAUAGCAGACACGGGAAGCUGGAGGGUCUGGGGGGUCUUGGCUUUGAUAGCAUUUAAUUUAGAGUGCUAAAUUGAAACUUAAUGAUAUUGUUCAAGCAAUAUGUCAUCACGUUGAGCUGGUAUAAAUUCUGUGGGUCAGAUAACAUCUUCCUAUUGGUUUAAGAACUAAUUGAUUACAGAAUGUUAAUGACAUGAUUUUAACACAUGCAGGAAAACACAAAAAGAAGCAAAUGACUAAUUAGGGUACAUUUAUAAUUGCAUCUAGAUCAUUUUUGCCCUAAUAUUUUCAUAAUGUACUUGAGUGUAAUAUGUUUGUUACCUCCAACAGAACUAAAUGUUCUAUGGUUAUGAAAAUAUAUUUAUUUAAAACAUUGCUUUUAUUUUGAAAAGCUUCUUAAUUAAUUUGAUUAACAAAUAUGCUAAUUUGGGGGAACCUAGGAAAAAUAAUUGUUGAAAUUUUGCAAAUAUAAACAUUUUCUUUAGCUACCGUGUUAUUUCUGACUUCUUAACACUAUUAUGUUCAUGUUGCACAUUAUUGAAAGAGUAAAGAUCUGAAACAACA